AUGGGCGGUCACAAUGGCAUCGAAACCUUGCUGUGCAGGGCGGCAUCUCAUGUCCUGAAAAGGGACGAAUCUGAGAUUAACGCAGAGAAAUCUCUCGUCGAGCAAGGCGGCAAUAUGCUGUCAGGAGUCUUCUUCGCCGGUCAAUGUAGAGAACUCGGUCUCCUCGUCGACAUGGCCUAUGUCUCGACCAUGUCUAUGCGUGAUCUAGCACGGCAGCUGAUCGAAACUAAUCCAGAGUUGCUGCGAUCGGGUACUGGGACGGACCACAGAUCUGUUUCUGUUCCCCACACACAGCUCCAGAGCCUGUACCGUAACUUCGGGUCGUCGUCACAGGGCUUCAUAUUGGAUGUUGAAGCUCCAGCGUCCCUCACUGAUGCUACUCAAAUGUUGGAGAGGCUGAUGGAGAGACAUCCAAUUCUCGGAGCUUCCCUGGAGCCCGAUCAAAAGAAUUCUUAUGUCUUGCCAGGCAUCGCACCUUCCCCCUCGGGAACCUUGGUCCUAUAUGAAUCCAAUGAGAAGGCUAUUGCUCAGGUGAGAGAGCUGGAAGAGGAGGUUUCAGCGUCAAGCUCACCUGUUCUCAAAGUUCUCUUCUUUGGAGAAAGAUCCCGAAUCAGAAAAUUCGGUUUGGUGGCACACAUGGCCGCUAUUGACGCUUACUCAUGGCAAAUCCUUCUUCAAGAUAUUCAGGCUUAUCCAGCCCGAUCACAUGGCUCGAAUACUGAGUCUCGCACCUUCUCCGACUGGGUUGAGCGCGUGAAUCAGGGAACGGAGAAGGAAAUCGAAUCUGCUGUCGCAAUUGAACCCUCGGUGAAUUCAGAGUCGCCACCGAAAGGCCCCUCCCCGCAAGCCGGAGUUGUCUCAUCUUUGGUCUUUAGUUUGAGCUUAAAGUUGACGGAAGCACUUCAUAGCGAGACAUGCCACCGAACAUUGCGUACAGAGAUUCACGAUGUGAUAUUUGCGUCCUUGGCCUCUUCUUUCGGAAACCAAUUACCCGGCCCAACGAGACAUUUUGAGAUCAGGAAUGGUCGGCCCCAUGAGGAGGAUGAAGCGUGGAAUAGUGUGAUAGGAUGCUUUGAUGAGCUUGCUGAGAUACCCUACCACUGCACUGGAGACAUAGUCGAUGCGUGCCGAAGCGCGAAAGAUUCGAGACAGCGUUCAUUCUUGAGCUCUGUCCACAAUAUCUCUCUUCACAACAAUCUCAUCUUUGACGCAACUCGGCUAAGGAAGUGGAAGGGUGCCUCAUCCAACAAUGUAAUGCAGUCGACUGACGAAAUGCCCGGGCGACAUGCUGCCGAGGCCAUCGCUCGAUCAAUAGGCGGGUUCUGCAUGACUCCUUUUUGGAAGGAUACAAAAUUGAGCUUCUUGGUCGUUUGCGGUACCGAGUUCGGAGGAGAAACGGAUCUAAAGCGCAAUUCCGAGAAGUUCGUCAGCCAUCUACAAGAUAUUGUCGCAAUAUUACCCAGUCGUCGACCUUUGCCCACGCUCUCCGAUUUCCCAUAUGUAUCACUAGACUACCAGUCUCUGGACCGCUUAUUUGAGCAAAAGUUGCUUCAAAUUACUCAAGAUCCUCUUGCAGACAUUUACAACAUCUAUCCGUGUACGCCCAUACAGGAUAAUAUGCUCAUUGGCAAUUCCCUGGAUAGUGGGGCAUACAUGUGUAGCUUUACUGCCAGAGCCUCAACUUCAGGCGCUUUCGCAUCCAUUGAUGCUGCAAAAUGGGCUACGUCAUGGAGCAGAGUCGUCGAGAAGCACUCGUCUCUCAGGACUGUGUUUGUCGAGAGCGAAAGUCGCCUGGGGCACUUUGACCAAGUCGUGCUCAAGAAAGUGGCCCCGCGAAUCGACAUAAUUUCAGGGGUUCUCGAGCCGGUAAAGGUUGUAUUUCAACCGUUCGAGAUGCCGCACUAUCUGACCAUCACCCAGGAAGGCCCUGGUCGGUGUCUCAUCGUGCUAACUAUCUCCCACGCCAUCACCGAUGGCCACUCUGCCGAAAUUCUUCUGAAUGACCUGUGUGUCGCUGCUGUCGCACCUGGAGGCACCGACGAGAAGGCAUUCUCCUACGCUGAAUACGCGCUCAGCGAGUAUCAAUCCAGAGAGACCCAUGUGUCGGAUUACUGGCAGAAGUAUCUCUCCAAGACGCAGGCAACACUGCUUCCAGUCACACGAGAGGAGGCUGAUUUUCACGAUUUCGACACCAUACAUUCCACCAUGCCCGUCAACGUAGCAUCUAUGGACCGGCUCUGUCGACGGCAUAAGAUCAACUUGGCCAGUGUCUGUCAACUUGCCUGGGGCGUCGUGCUGCGCAGUCAACUCGGUGUCGACGACGUGUGCUUCUCAUACAUCUCCUCACUGAGAAACAAGCCUUUGAAGGGCAUCAUGACAGCUAUUGGGCCGCUGAUCACCACACUCCUUUGCUCCAUGAACUUGGAAGGGGAUAGAGACGUAUUGGAUGCUAUCAGGGCUGUCAAUUCCGAGUACGCAGACAGUCUAUCCCACGAGGCAGAGUUUUCUAACACCACUUCACCUCGUCGUUGGAGCAAUACCGUCAUGUCAUUCCGCCGGAGACUUGUUCAGGAUGAUGGACGUCUUCAAGGCUUGACUUAUAAACUUAUCCAAGGCUCCAGCCCUACAAAUUAUGAUGUUUCUCUUGUCGUUUCGGCGGGCCAAGCAGAUUUAGAGUUCGCGCUGGAUUACUGGGCUUCUCGGAUGGAUAGAGACUAUGCCCAACGUCUCCUUCAAAACUUCCAGGAGGCGCUUCACUCUAUUUUCCGAGACAUUGGCACCACUGUGUCCAGACUCGAGCUGAUCAGCGAAGAUCAGAAGCAGCAGAUCCUAGAGAGAAACUUUCGUGUUCCCGAGGGUCUGAAUCGAUGCGUCCAUGAGCUGGUAAAUGAGCGCAUCCAGAAGCAACUUUCGGCUGUCGCCAUCAACGCUUGGGAUGGCAGCUUGACAUACGAGGAGUUAGAUGACCGCACCUCCCAUUUCGCUCAGUAUUUAGUGAAUAUUGGUGUUGGGCCAGAAGUCCCAGUGGGAGUCUGUAUGGACAAAUCCAAGCUCGUGCCGGUCGUCAUGCUCGCUAUCUUACGGGCUGGCGGUGCUGUUGUUCCCAUCGGGGUGGGGGAACCCAUUGCUCGUGUCCAGGCCAUUCUUGCCGACUCGUCCCCCGUGGCCGUGAUUGGCGAUGGGAAACAAGUCAGCCGACUUUCUGGACUGGGCACCCAGCUUCUGAAUAUAAUCGACAUUAUAGCGGAUGAGUCAUCAAGUUCAUCAUCAUCAUCAUCAUCAUCAUCAUCAACCACAACAACCACCACACAAGGGACGCGACCCGAGCCGGAAAACACCGCAUGGAUCUUUUACACGUCUGGUUCCACUGGAACACCAAAGGGUGUAUUGGUAGAGCAUCGAGCCCUGGCAACAAGCAUGCGUGCCCAUGGUAUCGCACUGAACCUGUCUCAAGAGGACAGGGUACUCCAGUUUGCGGCGCAUACAUUCGACGUGUCCCUAUUUGAGUUAUUCACCACACUCAUCUAUGGAGGCUGCGUCUGUAUACCUGAUGAGACGAAUCGUGUCAACGACCUGGCAGGCUCAGUACUUCGUCUACAGGCAAACGUUCUUUCCCUCACCCCAAGCAUGACAUCGAUGAUCACACCCGCGGAUGCCCCAAUGAUUCGAAAACUGAUUUUGUUUGGAGAAGAAGUCAAAGCGAGCGUAUUAGAGGCCUGGCUCGGAAAGGCAUAUAUCUUCAAUGCCUACGGUCCAACCGAGAGCUCUAUAUUUGCCAGUGUCAGCAAGCCGUUCCAGAGCGUGGAAGACCUGGCGAAUAUUGGAUUCCCCAUGAACGUGAACUUUUGGGUCACUGAUCCACAGAACCCAGGGCGGCUAUGUCCUCCAGGAGCUCCGGGCGAGCUAUUGAUCGAGGGCCCACUGCUGGCCCGAGGAUAUCUCAACGACAAAGCCAAGACAGCUACUGCUUACAUCCACGAUCCAGCAUUUGUAUCUCUACUAGGGAUUGGGCCCGGGAGACGCUUCUACCGAACUGGAGAUAUUGUACGGCAGAACAGCGAUUCCUCUAUGAGCUAUCUCGGUCGAAGAGACACGCAAAUGAAGAUUCACGGCCAGCGACUUGAUGUAUCCGAGGUCGAGCACUGGAUUAUAAAGUCUCUCGAUGGUGUAAUCCGGGCCGUCGUUGGCCUUUUACUUGCAGAUAAGAAAGACACAUUCUCCUCAGGAGGUUCCAUCUUGUUUGCUGCCGUUGAAUUUUCCAAACACACCGCCUUUGAUCCCUUGGGGGAUAGAGAAAUUCUCCCAGCGUCCGAUGAGCUUCGCGAAGGACUCAAGCUACUGCGGAAUACAUUGCAAGCGAAGCUUCCCUCCUACAUGAUUCCCACUUUCUACAUUCCCUUCAGGGGUAUACCCCUGACUUCAUCUGCCAAAACGGACCGCAAAAUGGUUAACCGGCUGGUUGGUGAGUUGGACACCGCCGCCCUACAGGAAUAUGUUUCUGAGGACUCAAGCGACAAUGACCAGAUGCUGCUGACGAAGACUGGGCAGAAGCUCAAAGCUCUGUGGGCGGCUGUCCUCGGUGUGAGCAGCUCGUCCAUCAGAGCAAGCGACAAUUUCCUUUAUCGAGGGGGAGAUUCUCUCCUAGCUAUCAAACUGGUGGAAAUGGCUAGACUAGAACACCUUCACAUGACAGUCAAGGAUGUUUUGGGCUUCCCUAGACUUGAAGACCUUGCACGAAUUCUUGAUGAACGCAACGCAGCUGGCAAGGUUGACUCUGCUCAAGGGGAAGAGCGAAGUGACCCUCCCCCUUUCUCUCUCUGGCAGCCAUCCUCGAGCGAUAGAGAGGCGGAACUUGCAGACAUUGCCAUCCAGUGCGGCCUGAGUACCGAAGACAUUGAGGAUAUUUAUCCCUGUACCUCAUUACAGCAGAGCAUGUUGGCUGCCACGCAGCUACGCCCGACGGCGUAUCUCGUGCGCCAAACCUACGCUCUCUCGGAUUCUAUCGAUUUCUCGCGCUUCCGAACAAUGUGGGACAUCAUGGUCCAACAGGGCCCCGUGAUGCGAACUCACAUGUUACUAGGACAGCGCUCAGGAUCUUUGCAGGUGCUAUCAAAGAAGGCUCCCACAUGGCAGACCCAUGAUGACUUGAAGGAGUAUGUUGCAGAUGACCAAGCACACGCCAUGGCCAUUGGUCAGCCGCUCAUGCGUUUUGCUUUGGUGCACGAGAAGUCGAAUGGUGUCCGUUAUUUUGUGUGGACAGCGCAUCACUCGGUCUACGAUGGCUGGAGCUCUCAGUUAAUCUAUAAGCGACUGGCGGCUCUUUAUCUGCAUGACGAGAUUCCUCCUGCGGUUCCCUUCACAAGGUUUAUUGCGUACCAGCAACGCAUGAAAGAGGUUGAUGGAAUCGAGACUGCCUCCUACUGGCGCGACCAGCUUGGAGGAGAAAUCCCGUCAGCCUUCCCUCCUAUGCCGUCUUCUUUCUACCAGCCGAAGCCUGCCGCCUUGCUUCGCUCCGAGAUAAGCACUUCAAUGUUCAGUCAUUCUAGGUCUGGGUUCUCACUUGCUGACGUCCUGAGGGCUGGUUGGGCUAUGACUCUAGGUCAAUACCUAGGCACAAACGAUGUGGUCUUCGGAGCGACUCUUUCUGGCAGGAAUGCCCCCGUCGCGGAGAUCACCGAGCUUAUCGCACCCACCAUUACUACUUUGCCGGUUCGAGUGCGUGUCGAUCAGGAAGCACAGGUUUCUAGUUAUCUCGGAACUAUAAAGUCCCAGGCAAUAGAAAUGAUACCCUUUGAGCAUACGGGAUUGGAAGACAUCAGACGCCUUGGUCCCGAUCUCCAGCCUGCGACGGAUAUCAACCAUGCUCUUGUUAUUGAACCACCAUAUGCUAGGAAUGGUCAGGGAGCAACCGAGAUUCCCGGCUUAGAGCUGGUGGAUACCUCCGUGAACGAGUUUGACACAUUUGCUCUCACCAUUCAGUGCCAACUCCCCAGCCAGCGAGGAGCCUCGAUCAAGCUCGAGGCUCGUUUCGACAGUCACGUUGUAAGCGAGGCUCAAGUGGCUGUGCUUCUUCGCCAGUUUGAGCACUGGGUUUCACAGUUCCUCGACGAGACAAACCACGAGAGGCAGCUGCGCAGCCUGGAGGAAAUCACCUCUGCAGAUUUGGCCCAAAUUAAGAAACAAAAUGCUGCGAUACCGGUGCGGGACUUGAUCUGCCUGCACCACCUGAUAAGGGAUGUAGUCAAAGAACAGCCAGACUCGCCAGCGGUCUGUGCCUGGGACGGUGACUUUACAUACAAAGAACUCUGGGCUAACGCUAGGAGGUUUGCACGGUAUCUUUCUAGCCUUGGGGUGGGUCCCGAAUCUAGGGUGGCGUCCCCAUUGGAGCAAGCCAAGGCUCUCGUGGAGGAUUGUCAAGCAGCUGUCAUGUUGACCAACGCAGGACACACGGAUAGGUUCACCGGCUCGGGGCCUUGUAUUGUUGAGGUGAGUGGCGCUUUGUUAGCCAGCCUCCCGGACCCCAUCGUGGAUGGGCCUAUAUGCCCGGCUCUUACCCCAGAUCAUCCCGCAUGGAUUGUGUACACAUCCGGAAGUACAGGGUUGCCAAAGGGAUGCCUUCUGGUCCAUGGCGGUCUUGCCACCAGUCUGCCGGCACACGGAAGAGCGACAAGUUGGUCCAAGGAGUCCCGUACCCUCCAAUUCGCAUCUCAUGAGUUUGAUGUCACUCUGCAAGAAAUCAUGACGACUCUCAUCUUCAAAGGAUGUGUCUGCAUUCCCUCGGAAGACCAACGAGUCAACUCGCUCUCACAGGCCAUCAGGGACAUGAAUGUCAACCAGAUGGUGCUGACCCCAACCGUGGCAUCCAUGAUCAAUCCGGCCGAUGUUCCGUCCAUAACUCAGCUGCAAGUCGCCGGCGAACUGAUCAAGCCAAGUGUUGUCGAGCGCUGGAUUGAUCACGCCGAGGUAGUUAACAUCUAUGGUCCGUCCGAGUGCUCCGUCUACUCGUCCUGCGGCAAGCCGAUGCAAAGAAUCGAAGAUGCGCCCGUUAUUGGAUACCCGCUGGAGAACUGUAACUUUUGGGUCACUAGCACCACCGACCACAACCGCUUGUGUCCCAUUGGCAUCCCCGGUGAGCUUCUCAUUGAGAACUCCUGGCAGGCCCAGGGCUAUGUGAACAACCCUGAGCUGACGGCGCAAUGCUUUGUGGUUGAGCCCGGAUUCAUCAAGCAACUAGGGUUAGAUAAGGCUGAAAGGCGAAUGUAUCGGACCGGCGAUCUUGUUCAGCAGAAUCCCAACGGAUCCUACACUUACAUCGGCCGCAUAGGCAGCGAAGUCAAGUUUCGUGGGCACAGAGUUGACCUGGGCCGAAUUGAGUAUUGGAUCGGCAAGCUUCUCGCCGGGGUGCAGACGAUUGUUGUCGAUCUGGUCGAUCUCCAAGCUGGGAAGAAGGCGAAUGAUCUUGUAGCUGUGAUCGACUUCAUCGAAGGCUGUGACCUGUUGGACGUUGACCAAACCGAGGAGAUUGAUGGGGUCACCAUUAUUGCUCCUUCCAGUAAGAUCCAAAAGGCCCUAUGUGACCUCAGGGACGGGUUGGUAGACAAGCUCCCAAGCUACAUGGUGCCGACCGCAUUCAUGCCCUGGAAGAAAAUCCCCUUGACACCAUCUGGCAAGACAAAUAAAAAGGUUGUGCGUCAGCUGUUGACGAAUCUCGAGUCAGGUUCGUCCUUGCUGCAACGCUAUCUUGCUGGUGAAGGUAUCAAGAAAGGCCCUCAAACCAAGAUGGGCAAGCAACUUCAGCAGCUAUGGGCUGAGGUCCUCUCCAUCGAUGCCGAUUCAAUCGGUUCCCAAGACCACUUUACGCGACUUGGUGGCGAUUCCUUGGCGGCCAUGAAACUUGUCGCAUCCGCUCGCCAGGUCGGUCUUCAAUUGACCGUUGCUUCCAUAUUUACGCAUCCCAUCUUGGAGGAAUAUACUCGAAUCCUGGAAACCGAGCAGGAGGCCGGCCUCUUCAGAGUAGCAGAGGAGGAUCCUGCUCCCUUCGAGUUGAUGCCGGAGAAUCCAAGUAGUCUCGGCGGCUUUGAAUCUCGACUGGUAGACUUUGCUGCUCAAUGCCAGGUGGCCUUUGACCAGAUUACAGAUGUAUAUCCUUGCACCCCUAUGCAAGAAGCGCUGUUCGCCAUCACGGCAAGACAACCGACGGCUUACACAUAUCGCCAAGUAUUCCGAGCCAGGGGAGAGGAUGUUGAUAUUGUCAGGUUUCAGGCCGCAUGGGAAGCGGUAGCCAGAACACUGCCCAUCCUUCGCACUCGAAUGGUGCUGGACAGCAACAGUGGCUUUCUACAGACAGUGGUCGACGGGCCCCUAUCAUGGCACAUUGGUGGCGAUCUGGACAGCUACCUUGCCGUGGACAAGGUCGCGGGCUUCAAACUGGGCGAGCCUCUUCUCCGCUGUGCAAUUGUCGAGGAGCAGAGCUCAGGGGACAAGUGCUUUGUCUUGACCACCCACCACAGCAUGUUUGACAAAUGGAGUCUCGGGAAGAUACUGAACCGCUACCUCUUACCGGCCUAUUAUGGACGAGAAAUGCCGAAGGCUAUCCCGUACCCGAGAUUCAUUCGCCACAUCCUUGACACCGACUUGGACGCCGCAUCGCAAUUCUGGACCCAGACGUUGGCAGAUGCUAAGUCCUAUACCAAUUUCCCCUCGCUUCCUUCUGUUGGCUUCUAUGAGCCCAAGCCUACCUCGCUCCUAAAGCAAAUAGUCCGUAUAGACGGAGUCGCGGGGCUGCAAACGCCCUUCCCCAGUCUUCUCAGGGCAGCAUGGGCUUUGACAGUAGCACAAUAUGCCGGCGUCGAAGAUGUCGUGUUUGCCGUCAAUCUUUCAGGCCGCUCGGCGCCUGUGGCAGAUAUCACGGAGCUCGCGGCCCCAACGUUUACCACCGUCCCCGUCCGGAUUAAAGUACACGGCCUGCAAAGGGUCCGGGACUUCUUGGACAAUGUUCACCGCGAAGGCGUGGAUAUGAUACCAUUUGAGCACGUUGGACUCCAGAGAAUCAAAAGACUCGUUCCAGCUUUCAACCCAGCUAACCCCAGACACUUAUUCCUUGUACACGCCGCGGCGGAUACGGACCUGGACGAUCCGUCACUUGAAAUGCCUGGCUUUGAGCAGGUACACCUGACGAUGGAGGCGCUCGAUGACUACCCGCUUUCAGUCAUGUGCAAGUUGGAUGAGCGCAAGGGAGAGGCUGAAGUGGCGGCUCGGUUCGACAGCGCCGUCAUGUCCGACGACCAGGUCCAAGCGGUUUUGCGACAAUUCGAGCACAACGUCGCCCAGCUUGCUGGAAAUUCCGCUUCCGAGGAGCAGAUGGUGGGAGAUCUUCCUCUGGCCAACUCAUACGAUCUAAAUAGGAUUGCCGGUUGGAACCUCACCGGCCAAUGGCCCUCCCUUGGCUGUGUUCAUGAUCUGGUCAUCAAGACCGUUCGAACCAACCCUGACUCUCAAGCCGUUUGCAGCUGGGAUGGGGAUCUUACUUAUCAGCAGCUUGAUGGAGCGGCCAGAAGUCUUGCCCAGCUACUCAUCGCAGAAGGAGGCGUGGGCCCCGAAAUAGCAGUUGGGCUCUGCAUGGACAAGUCCCGAUGGGCCAUGGUGGCUAUACUGGCCAUUUUAUAUGCCGGCGGCGCAGUGGUGCCGCUUGGAGUUCAACUGCCGCCGGAGAGAAUCAGUGUCAUUCUACAGGACUCGUCUCCAGCCAUGGUACUCUGUGACGAGUCCAAGGCAGACAGGUUCCAAUCGCUGGGUUACAAGAGCGUAACUGUCAAUGAAGCAGCACUCGCUGACUUGGCCAAGUCAUACGAUGGCCGCCAUUCUGCUGUUCCCUCGAAAUCAGUCCGAGCCGAAGACACGGCUUGGAUUAUGUACACAUCUGGCAGCACAGGACUUCCCAAGGGUGUGACCCUGGAGCAUAGAGGCAUAUAUAACGCCAUCCUGAGCAAAGGCACCGACUUGAACGUGGACCCGAGUUACCGCAUAUUCCAAUUUGCUGCCUUCACCUUUGAUGUCUCUAUUAGCGACAUUCUCAUGGCAUGGACAUUUGGGGGAGUCGUAUGCUUGCCUUUGGAGGACGAGCGGAUGAACGAUCUGGUCGGGUCCCUGCAGCGACUGAACUGCAACUUUGCACUCCUCACAGCUAGCACGACAGCGCUGAUCCCCCCGGCCGAGGUCCCGCAAAUGAAGAUGCUGGUACUGGGUGGUGAAGCUAUCGCCCCAGCCUUGAUUGAAAAGUGGCUUCUGGGUUCGAAUGCCACCCUGGCCAACAGCUACGGCCCGACCGAGUGCUCCAUCACAACAACCAUAAAUUUUGGAGUGACAGAUGAGACCGGUUCAUCCGUCAUUGGCAGACCCAUCCGCGGAACCCAAAACUGGAUCGUGGACACUCAUAACUACAACCGACUUGUGCCCAUUGGCGCAGUGGGAGAGCUUCUUAUCGAGGGCCCACAAGUCGCACGUGGGUAUCGCAACGACCCUGUCAAGACCUCGGCAGCAUUUAUCACGGAUCCUGGCUUCACUGCAGACGUUGGCCCCAGGAAAUCUGGGCGUCGAAUGUAUCGUAGUGGAGACCUAGUGCGAUACAACGCCGAUGGUAACAUCAUGAUUCUGGGGAGAAGCGAUUCGCAGAUCAAGAUCCGCGGCCAGCGAGUUGACCUGGGCGAGAUUGAAUCGUGCAUUGUGAAACUCCUGCCCAAGGUCCGAACGGCCGUGGUAGAGUAUCUGCACAUCAGUGACAAUCAACACGCACUCGUUGCUGUACUUGAGUUCCUCGACAAUGACAACGAUGACGACGUGGCAGGCUAUUCGGCAUGGCUCAAGAAAUCUCUAGCUAAGAGACUGCCGGCAUACAUGGUUCCGAGAUUAUAUCUGCAAAUAGACAAGAUACCGAAGAACGCCUCCGGGAAGAUCGACCGCAAAGCCGUCCGCCAGUUUAUGAUGGGCGAGGGCAACCAGAUCGCGGAUGCAAAGUCUCGAAGCGCCUCGAAAACUGGAAAGGUCGACACCGACAGGGAGGCCGUCGUCCGUAAGCUAUGGGCAGCCGUGCUUGGGGUCGAGGCAGAGACAAUCGACCGACAUGAUAACUUUUUCGACAUCGGCGGUGACUCUAUUAGCGCCAUGAAAGUCGUUGCGACUGCAAGAGCGGAGACUCUUGAUCUUCGUGUGCUGGACAUUUUUGAGAAUCCAGUCUUGUUCAAAAUGGCAGUUGUCGCAAAAAGUCUGACUAGAUCGGCACUUGAAGCGACUUCACCGUGCCCUUACCGUCCUUUCCAGCUACUCGACGAUGCGGACAACAAUAAUAUCGACGCGUUCCUUGAUGAGAUCAUCUGCCCCAUCACUGGGACCGGAAAGGAAUCGAUUCAGGAUGUCUUCCCUACCACUGACGCCGUUGCCUUCAGCGUGGCAGGAGCAUUGACCGCGGCCCAGACAGAAGUAAACACAUUUAUCCUAGAUACGGAUCGCGGCCUCGAUCUAGUUCGACUACAGCAAAGCUGCAUGCUACUAGCGCAGCAUAUCGAAGCUUUUUGCACUGCUUUCGCGUUUGAUCUUCGCAACGGAAGGCUUCUCCAGAUCAUAUUGAAGUCCUAUCAGCACAAUGUGCUCGUGAUCAAGGCUGCUGGCUCGCUGGAAGAUGCCACCGAGAGCUUAUAUGAAGGGCACAUGUGCCGUCAACCUCUUCGACUCGGCACACCUAUGGUGAACAUGGCUAUUCUUCAACAAGAUGAGAGCAAAAAGACCCGCAUACUAUUGCGCAUGUCACAUGCUAUAUACGACGCCAUGUCUCUUCCAAUCAUCCUGGACACCCUCCGCAAAUUGUACCAUCAACAGGACGAUUAUGAGCCGCUCUUAUCAGGCUCUUUCGCCCACUACGUCGCAGAUCUGAAUCGACAGACAAGUGACACAAGCUACAGCUACUGGCGGAGCUUGCUUGAUGGGUCCGCCAUGCCCGAGCUCAUUCCAGCGACAGAGUCCAACCACCACCAGAGCCCCUUGCGCAUGGCCUUUACCAAAAACAAGGUGAUAUCAGUGCCUAAAUCAAAGGGAGAGGGUAUUACCACCUCCACCCUCAUCAGCUGUGCAUGGGCACAUGUCCUAGCCCAGUACACGGGGAAGGACGAUGUGGUGUUUGGAGAUACCAUUUCCGGGAGAAACGUGGUCGACCCGUCUAUAAGCAGUAUCGUUGUCGGCUGCUGUGCAACCAACGUCCCUAUGCGCAUCAGGUUUGCUGAUAGCUCCGGCCAGCAUUCGAUCCUUCAACUGUUGAACCAAGUGCGAGAUCAGCAGCGGAAUCGCAUUCCUCAUGAGGGUGUUGGUUUCCGUUCAAUGAUCCGGGAGUGUACGGAGUGGUCCCCGGCUACUCGCUUUACCUCCGUCGUCAAUCACCGACCAGCCAAGCCAGCGGCCAAGUCAGCCAGCGGACAAAUCGAUUUCCAAGUGAGCACCAUCACCACUGAAAUGAAACCACUCACGACUUGGUACGAUCUCGCUGUCAUCUCCCAGGAGAACGAUGGCACUGUUGAGAUGAGUCUGGGUUACUCGACAAGGGCAUUCCACCUGGAUACGGCUCAGGCACUGCUGGAAGAUCUUGCCGACACUGUUCACAUUCUUUUGAAUGCUGGGCCUUCUAAAUCUGACCAAAUCGCCCUUCUUGGAACAGAAAUGAUGCCAAGAUCUUCCUUCAAUUUCGCCUUGUUGCGACCGGUUAGGAGUUCUGAAGAGCAGAGUCCAACCCAAGGCAGAUCAAGCAACGCCAUUUACACCAACAAACUCGACGAUUCUAGUCUCAGUAUUCUCGAUACAAUCUGGUUCUCCGUCUUUACUUCAAAACGCACAACAAGCGUGGGAACGUUACCGCCCGAUGCGCCUACUCCAGACAUGUGUUACCUGCCGUUCUACCAACUAGGAGGCGACCUUCUCGAUGCCGCCCAUUUAAUCGCCAUAAUACAACGCAGGAUUAAGACCACCCCCGAAGCGGAAGUGAAUGGGGACGCCAUUUCAAUUUCGCACGGUCAAGUGACAAUCGAUGAUGUUCUUCAUCAUCCCAGUCUAAUGGAAUUUGCUAGCGUUUUGAAUCAAAAACAACUUCAUUUAAUUUAG